CACAUCGCCACCAUGGAUUGACAGUUAUCUUCCCGAUUAUUGCAUGCUGAGCCCAACGUCGUGUUGAACCCGUCAUAGGGCCCGUCAUCGAACCCUCGGCCUCAAGCACGACCGUUCUCGCGCACACAUAUGUAAGCACAGUCGGCGAGCGCAGCGCGCACAUCAGAGCCCGCUGCGCGUUGCACUCCCCCGUUUUCAAGUCCUAUUCUGCGUACCCGAUAUGCUGCCCGACGGGCUGUACACCAUCGUUUGCAAGGCAAGUGGCUGCAAAGUCGGUCGGCACCUCGUCGAAGCCAAGACCCUCCUGCCGAAACGGGUGAUGGUGCUCAGACCUGAGGGUAGUCUCAGAGGGGCAUCCGAGGCCCCAUGGCUCAUCCAGCGCACCGGCGAAAAGGACACAUACAAGAUGCAGGCGGGCGGGGCGCUCGUCGGCGCCCUCAAGUCGAGGCUCGUUGCACACUUGACCACGGAGGAGGAUGCUAACACGUGGGUCAUUACCCACCGCCCAGAGUUCGGUGAUCAUUGCUUCACGUACACGCGAACCCGUGGCUUGACCCGUGCAUGUCGACUGAUAUACCCGCGAUAUCUAGGAUCCAGAAGCCUGACCUGUCUGCGGGAUGGAUCGCGAGUCGUCUUGAGAACGAGACCCCGGUAG